UUGACCAUAAGCGGGUUUUCAUUUCGAGUGUCAGAAUAAUCAGUAACAGUUGCAAAAUGGAUAUAAAAUCUUUUUUGUAUGAAUUUUGUGCAAAGUCACGCCUUGAACCCAAGUUUGAAGUUCGUCAGACUGGGCCUAAGAAUCGGCAACGCUUCCUCUGCGAGGUCCGUGUGGAUCAGAAUAACUACAUAGGUGUGGGCAAUUCCACCAACAAAAAGGAUGCAGAGAAGAAUGCUUGCCGCGACUUCGUUAACUAUCUGGUGCGCGUGGGUAAGUUGAAGGCCCAGGACGUACCGGCCGGUUUAAGUGAUUCAGAAGUGGGAGGCCCCAAAGGUAUAGCGGGCGAGGGAACAGCAGGCCCGAGCGGCCAGCAAAAACGCGUGUUUGGCGGCCAGUCGGGUCCACAAGAUCUGGGCGAGGCGUAUCGUCCACUUAACCAUGAAGGACGUGGUGACCGGUUUAACAUCAUCGACCAUGUGCAGGAGCAAAAGGACAUGAACGAGGCUGAGUCAAUUGACGUAAACGCUGCUAUUCACGGUAAUUGGACAAUUGAAAAUGCCAAGGACCGCCUUAACAUGUACAAGCAGUCGAAUAACAUUCGCGACGAUUACAAAUACACUCCUGUGGGUCCGGACCACGCUAGGAGCUUUAUGGCCGAGUUGUCUAUUUACGUGCCAGCUCUAAAGCGCAAAGUGACGGCCCGUGAGACCGGAUCCAACAAGAAAUCUGCCAGCAAGUCAUGCGCUUUGUCUCUGGUUCGCCAGCUGUUUCACCUUAACGUAAUUGAGGCCUUCAGCGGCACUCUAAAAAAGAAAAAGGACCAGGAAAUGAAGCCCUACCCGGUGAAGCUGUCACCAGACCUCGUGGAAGACUUAGAUAUGGUCAUCAAGGAAUUGGAUCUACCCGUCGUAAAUCCGCGUAAUAUCAAAGUAGAACAAGACGGUGCUCCUAUUUCUUUGAUAGUGACUGGAAACCGCGUGGACCCUAUGCAACCUGCUAGCGAAAAACGGCAGGAAAGCACAGUGAUUCCAUGGGCCCCGCCUCAGCCAAAUUGGAAUGCCUGGCAUGCCUGCAACAUCGAUGAAGGUGAAUUGGCUACCACAUCCAUCGAAGAUAUUUCACUAGAUCUUGAACGCUCAUUGCGCGAACGCCGUCAGAACGACGCGGAAUAUUGCCAGUUCCUAGAGUUUCGUGACAAGUUGCCAAUCGCGGCCAUGCGCUCCGAAAUUCUGAGCGCCAUCAAUGAUAACCCGGUGGUAAUUAUCCGCGGCAACACCGGCUGCGGAAAGACCACACAGAUCGCACAAUACAUUCUCGACGACUACAUUUCAUCCGGUCAGGGAGGCUUCGCCAACAUAUAUGUGACCCAGCCACGCCGCAUCUCGGCGAUAUCAGUAGCAGAGCGUGUCGCCCGUGAACGUUGCGAAAACCUGGGUGAGGCCGUUGGCUACUCCGUUCGAUUUGAGUCUCAGUUCCCUCGGCCCUACGGUAGUAUUCUCUUCUGCACCGUUGGAGUGCUUUUACGCAAGCUUGAGGCCGGCUUGCGAGGCGUCUCGCAUAUCAUCGUUGAUGAGAUCCACGAGCGGGAUGUGAACAGCGAUUUCCUGCUGGUAAUUCUUCGCGAUAUGGUGGCCACAUAUCCAGAUCUGCACGUUAUUCUUAUGUCGGCCACAAUCGACACCACUUUAUUUGCCAAUUACUUUGGCGGCUGUCCAGUACUUGAGGUUCCCGGCCGGGCCUUUCCUGUUCAGCAAUUCUUUUUGGAAGACAUAUUGCAGAUGACUAACUUCGUGCCCUCGGUAGAGUCCCGUCGCAAGAGAAAGGAAGCUGAGGACGAGGAACAGAUGCAGCUGUCGGAGAAUAAGGAAGAGGAAGAAAUAAAUUACAAUAAGAUUUGCGAUGAUGACCGGUACACGGUACAGACUCGGAACGCCAUGGCCAUGCUAUCUGAGUCUGACGUAAGUUUCGAGCUGUUAGAGGCCCUUCUGUUGCUCAUCAAAUCAAAGCAAAUCACUGGCGCCAUCCUGGUCUUUCUUCCCGGCUGGAAUUUGAUCUUCGCUCUUAUGAAGUUUCUGCAGAGCUCAAAUACAUUUGGAAAUUCGUCGCAGUACCGUAUUCUGCCGUGCCACUCGCAGAUUCCGCGUGAGGACCAGCGCAAGGUUUUCGAGCCGGUACCGGAUGGUGUGACAAAGAUAAUUCUGUCCACCAACAUAGCUGAGACUUCGAUCACCAUCGACGACAUCGUAUUCGUUGUGGAUAUUUGCAAGGCUCGCAUGAAGCUCUUCACUUCGCACAAUAAUCUCACCAGCUACGCCACUGUGUGGGCUAGCAAGACUAACCUGGAGCAGCGCAAAGGUCGCGCCGGCCGCGUCCGUCCUGGCUUCUGCUUCACACUCUGUUCUCGCGCCCGUUUCGCUGUGCUCGAGGAUAACCUUACGCCGGAGAUGUUCCGCACGCCGCUGCACGAGAUGGCUCUCACCAUCAAGUUGCUCCGCCUUGGUGCCAUUCACCAUUUUUUGUCGAAGGCUCUGGAACCCCCGCCAGUGGACGCUGUCAUCGAGGCCGAGGUACUUCUGCGUGAGAUGCGCUGCCUAGACGCCCACGAUGAAUUAACACCUCUAGGUCGACUGCUGGCACGCCUGCCCAUCGAGCCUCGGUUGGGCAAGAUGAUGGUACUGGGUGCCGUGUUCGGAUGCGCCGACCUAGUGGCCAGCAUGGCCUCCUACUCCAGCACCUUUUCUGAGGUGUUUGCCCUGGACAUUGGCCAGCGUCGACUUGCAAAUCAUCAGAAGGCACUGAGUGGUCGCAAGUGCUCCGACCACGUGGCCAUGAUUGUAGCGACACAAAUGUGGCAGCAAGCCAAGGAUCGUGGCGAACAGGCAGAAUCACGCUUCUGCGACUGGAAGGGCCUGCAGAUGUCCACUAUGAACGUGAUGUGGGAUGCCAAAAAACAGCUGUUGGAUCUUUUACUUCAAGCCGGGUUCCCUGAGGAGUGCAUGGUGUCUUGCCGCGUCAAUGCUGAUUCUGAUGAAGCCGACCCAAUGCUGGACGUGUCACUUGCAUUGCUUUGUCUCGGCCUCUAUCCCAACAUCUGUGUGCAUAAGGAGAAGCGCAAGGUUUUAACCACCGAGUCCAAGGCGGCGCUGUUGCACAAGACCUCCGUUAACUGCAGCAACUUGGCCAUCACCUUUCCUUAUCCGUUCUUCGUCUUUGGCGAGAAAAUCCGCACACGCGCAGUGUCCUGCAAGCAGCUUUCAAUGGUUUCUCCCCUCCAGGUCAUGCUAUUCGGUUCGCGGAAGAUCGACCUGGCCACCGACAACAUCGUUCGUGUGGACAACUGGGUCAACUUUGAAAUGGAGCCGGAACAUGCGGCCAAGAUCGCAGCUCUGAAGCCUGCAUUGGAGGAUCUCAUCACAAUUGCUUGCUACAAUCCCUCCGAAAUUCUUAACUUGGAGGGCCCCUACUCUAAUUUAGUCGGUGUGGUUAGGAAAAUCUGCGACAAAAGGGCCGGCGACUUUGAACUGACUCGCGAAACAGGAAUCUUGCCUCACCAGGCACGACAGACCGCUCCCGGCGGUGGAGGUGGCGGUCCGGCCAAAAGAGGCCGCUUCGAUUAUGGCGGCGGAGCCGGUGGUGGACACUUCAGGAACAGAGGUGGCUAUGGAAAUCCAGCAAACAGUAGCUAUGGCGAUGGCGGGCGUGGCAACUACGGGAGUGGAGGUUUUGGUGGUAGUUUUGGAAAUAGUGGAGGUAGAUUUGGAAAUAACCAAGGAGGUUUUGGAAAUAAUGGAGGAGCUGGAUUUAAUUGGAAUGGAGGCGAUGGAGGCUAUACUAAUUAUGGAAGUUCUGGAGGAAAUAACUUCACAGGAGGCGCUAACCAGAACAACAGCUGGGGACGCUAUUAAGGACUAUAAUAUUUUCAUAUUUCUAUUAAAACAAACUUACACAUUUAUAAUAUUUAAAU